AUGGCGGAUGCAGAAUUGAUAGCUGAGAUGGCUCAAGCCUCCGAAGUCCGCAAAAACGAUAAACGCCAACUGGUUGAGACCACCUACCGUUCUCAGCUUGAGGCGCUCCUCGCUGAAGUCGAUGGGCUUAGAGAUGGUGGCGACGACAAACGCUCAGCUCUCCUUUUCCGAAAGCAACAGAUCAUCCUCCUCCGCAAUCUUAUUCGCCGCAAGGGCAAGCUUGAGAUCGAGAUCUUGAAGCACGCUUACGAGCUGUCCGCCGCCCACGAUGCCUGUAGAGAGGAGAUGAACGCCGCCAUCGUGGGACGCAUGGUCGAUAUCAACGAUGCCAUGAAGGAGAUACGGGGUACAGCUGGGAAUGAGUCGGAUCAAGCCAUGGUCGACGGACCCGCAGACGUGGGAAAAGAGGCCGCGAAGAAGCAGAACAGCGAGGAUGGCGAUGUGAAGGCUACGGCUACCAAGGCGCAUGAGUGGAUUGUGGAGGUGCCAAAUGAUGGACAGGUGGAGAGGGCGGUGCGCAUGGCGAGAUUAGGAAAGCGAGUUUGA